AUGGGCUCGCUGUUCCGGAGCGAGGAGAUGUGCCUGGCCCAGCUCUUCCUGCAGUCGGGGUCGGCCUACGACUGUGUCUGCGAACUGGGAGAACUGGGGCUGGUGGAAUUCAGGGAUCUUAACCCCAGUGUCAGUUCCUUCCAGCGUAAAUUUGUCAACGAAAUCAAGAGGUGUGAAGAAAUGGAGAGAAUUCUAGGGUACCUUCUGAGAGAAAUUAAGAAAGCAGACAUCCCUCUUCCUGAUGGUGAGGUCAACCCUGUUGCCCCACUGCCGAAACAUGUACUGCUUAUAAUGGAGCAGCUUCAGAGGCUUGAGGUGGAGCUGAGUGAGGUGACCAGGAACAAGGAGAAGCUGCAGAAGAACCUCCUGGAGCUGAGGGAGUAUAUGUACAUGCUGCACAUCACCCCGAGCUUCGUACGCCGUACUGCUGAGCGAGAGCCAGUGCAGGCACAGUACGAGGAAUUCCCCUUCCUGGAGAAGGACUCUGUGAUGGACUACACCAGCAUGCAGAGGCUGGGAGCCAAACUUGGGUUUGUCUCAGGCCUCAUCCACCGAGCAAAGAUUGAGGCUUUUGAGCGCAUGCUAUGGAGGGUCUGCAAAGGCUACACUAUCCUCAGCUACUCUGAGAUCGAUGAGUACCUGGAGGACCCAGAUACGGGUGAACGCACCAAAAGUGUUGUCUUCCUUGUCUCCUUCUGGGGGGACCAGAUUGGGCAAAAAGUGAAAAAGAUCUGUGACUGCUACCACUGUCACCUGUACCCUUACCCAAACAGUAAUGAAGAACGAAUUGAGGUGGUGGAAGGCCUCAGGACUCGCAUCCAAGACCUGAACAUCGUCCUUCAUAGGACAGAGGAAUACUUGAGGCAGGUACUGAACAAGGCCUCGGAGUCUGUCUACACAUGGGUGGUUCAAGUCAAGAAGAUGAAGGCCAUCUACCACAUUCUAAACCUGUGCAGCUUCGAUGUCACCAACAAGUGUCUCAUUGCUGAAGUGUGGUGCCCAGUCAAUGACCUGCCUGCCCUACGGAGGGCACUAGAGGAGGGCUCGAGAAAAAGUGGUGCUACUGUCCCUUCUUUUGUGAACCGCAUCCCAACCAAGGACCCACCGCCCACUCUUAUAAGGACCAAUAAAUUCACCUCGGGCUUCCAGAACAUUGUUGAGGCCUAUGGUGUGGGGAACUACAGAGAAGUCAACCCAGCUCCUUACACCAUCAUCACCUUCCCGUUUUUGUUUGCGGUGAUGUUUGGUGACCUUGGGCACGGCAUCAUUAUGGCCCUUUUCGCCUGGUGGAUGGUACUGUUUGAGGACAACCGAAAGUUGAGACAGACGCGUAACGAGUUCUUGACCACAUUCUUUGAGGGCCGCUACAUCAUCUUGAUGAUGGGCCUCUUCUCCAUCUACACCGGACUGAUCUACAAUGACUGCUUCUCCAAGUCUCUCAACAUCUUUGGCUCAGGCUGGAGCGUUAAGGCCAUGUUCUCUCAGAAUCAUUGGGCGAAUGAAACUUUGCACUCAAAUGCCUUGCUAACCCUUGACCCCAGUGUCCCCGGGGUUUUUGGAGGACCCUACCCCCUGGGCAUAGACCCGGUUUGGAACAUAGCAACAAACCGUCUCUCCUUCCUGAACUCCUACAAGAUGAAGAUGUCUGUGAUCCUGGGCAUCAUUCACAUGAGCUUUGGGGUCGUUCUAAGUGUCUUCAAUCACCUGCACUUCAAGAAAAAGUUCAAUCUGUACCUGGUCUUCCUUCCGGAGCUGCUCUUCCUAUUGUGCCUCUUCGGCUACCUGGUCUUUAUGAUCUUCUACAAGUGGCUGGCCUUCUCUUCGGUGAACUCGCGUCUGGCUCCCAGCAUCCUCAUCCACUUCAUCAACAUGUUUCUCAUGCAGGGGGAUGCUGUGAAGCCGCUCUACCCCGGGCAGGCAGUUUUCCAGGUGCUCCUGGUGGUGAUCGCAUUGCUGUCCGUACCAGUGCUGCUCCUGGGAAAACCAGUCUACCUCUACUGGCUGCAGCAUGGGGGCAGAGGGCUGGGAAUGUACAGGGGAUACGAGCGAGUACGACAUAGCAGCGAUGAGGAGCUUUGCCUCCUGCGGGACCAGGAUAUGGAAGAGGGUGGUAGUCAUAACAACCACUCCUCCAGCAGAGAGGACCAGUCGGAGGAGUUUGACUUUGCGGAGGUGUUCCUGCACCAGUCCAUCCACACCAUUGAAUACUGCUUGGGCUGCAUCUCCAACACGGCCUCCUACCUGAGGCUAUGGGCUUUGAGCCUGGCACAUGCCCAGCUGUCGGAGGUGCUCUGGGCCAUGGUGAUGCGGGUCGGGCUGCGGGUUGACACCAGCGUUGGCAUCAUCUUCCUGGUGCCUGUGUUCAGCCUGUUUGCUGUGCUCACCGUCUUCAUCCUGCUGGUUAUGGAGGGCCUGUCUGCCUUUCUUCAUGCCAUACGGCUGCACUGGGUAGAGUUCCAAAAUAAAUUCUACAGUGGGACAGGUGUGAAGUUUGCACCCUUUGCGUUCUCGCUCCUCCCCUCCAGUUUCGAGCUCCAUGGCCUGCUGUGAAUCUGACACUUGGAAUCCCGCCCUGGGAUUCUGGACUUGACUUACGGGGAUUCUGUGACAUUGAGCCUCAUCGCUGAAUAACUCUUAUUUCUUCCUUUUUUUCCCAUAAUAAAAUCUUUGUUGCACUGGAUGCCUUAUACUGUUGCAACCAAAUAUCAUCAGAUCAUAUUUUGUUUUAAAUGAAUCUUCGCUAUUUAAUUGAUUUCUGGUUCUUUUGUGUGCUUUAUGACCAAAUGUGACACACUUUCAUCUUAUAGGUUUAAGAAAGCUUGGAGGAUUUGAUUUUUGACAUGAGCAGGUACCUCUUUUAUACACGCCGAAGGAAUUAUACAUAUAAGAUGCUCAAAUUCCAGCUAAGUAACCACCCUAAGGUGUUUUCUUUUUUGUUCUAUUGUUAGCUUAAAUGUGUACAAUGCAGUUUGCUGGGUGCUUCUGUCCCAAGGGUGGAGACUGACCGUAAUAAAUGAAGGUAGCUUGUAGCCAACAUCUUGCGUCACUAUAUGAAUGUCAGCACUAGACUGAUUUAAGCUUAGGGUGAUACGGUCAAGCCUGUAUUAUGAUUCAUGUUAAGAAAGUGGAAAGCACAGUUCAUCUUUGGGCGACAGUUUUAAUUGAUGCCUUUUUAUAAACAAAAUGUAAUUUUCCAUACUGAGGACAGGUACAAGUGACCUUGAAAUUGACAACCUGUAUCUUCUAAUGAAUGAAUGGUGCAGCAACUUAGAUGACAUUUGCCCUUGUGAAAUGUGUUGAUAAUAUGAGAGUGAUAAGCCAAUUGGGUAAUUCAGGGACAAACUGGACUACAUAAAUGCUGUGGUGGUUUCCCAAAGGGGUGAAAUCGCAUCCUUUUUCCCUUGUACUCUCAGAUUUGUUCUAAUUGUAUUUAUUUUAAUGAAUGUGUAGUUAUUAUCAUAACCCCUUCUUAUUGUAAAGCAACAAUGAGGCUAAAGCUGAUUUGAUUUUUUUUCAUUAAAAAGUUGUUGACUUGCCAUUACAUCAUACAUUCCCUGACGGUGAAUGUCUUUUUUACAGAACAGAAUUUUCAAAAUUCACAAAAAAACUAAUGAAAACUAAUAAAGCUGAUGACUGGGUUAUACAGUGCCAUGUAUGUUGACUUAAUCUUGUAUGUCGGUGGUUGUCAGUGGUACUUUUUCUGUCAUGCCCCCCUUUGAAAGCAGAAGAAACUACAUGUCUCCUUGCCCCACAUUUAUUUUAUCAAUUAAUUGAUAUAACACCAAUGUAAAAAUGUGCCUUGUGAAAAUAAAAAUGAAUUUAAUCAAAA